UGUCGUGUCGAAGCCGGUCUGCCAAAUCGCCGGUGAUAACACUGAUAAUUGUUCGCUAAACUGCGUCGGAAUCUCGCACGCGUCGGCGAAUCUCGUCGUCGUCGUGUUCGCGUGAUCUAUCAAGGAUAAAUAAAUAGAUCGAGGGAGAAAAAGAGAGAGAGAGGAGAGUAGCGGCGGAGUAUCAGGAACAAUCGUCAGCCGGGGUGUGCCUGCGAGUAUUUUUUUUAUUGGUCAGUGUGUUUAUCAAAAGGCCUUCAAGAUUCCCAUUGCCAACGAGAACGACCCGCAGUCGGCGGAUACGAUCGCGGAUCGUGGUGCCUGCAGCAUGGGCAGCAUGGGUCAAAUUGGACCGAAUGACACGCAUGUCCUGUUGAUGGAUGCUUUCCUACAGAACAACAGGCUCGAUCAUGUUUCGAGGGUAAUGUCCUCGCACCCAACAUAUUUGGAACAUUUCCUUCGCACUCAGCAGUUUAUCCUUCGGGGUGAUGGUCCACUUCCUUACGACUACAGACAUCUCAUUGCCAUUAUGGCUGCGGGUAGGCACCAAUGUAGCUACCUUAUAAACCUGCAGAAGGGAGAGUUUCUUCUUCAGGGCGGUGACCCCUCGUGGCUCCAAGGCCUGAGAUCGAUUCCGGGGAAGCUGCAAGAUCUCUAUGAGAUCAACAAGAUCCUAGCCCAUAGACCGUGGCUUCUGAAUAAAUCUCACAUAGAGAAAUUGACUAAGGGCGAUGACAAUUGGUCCUUAGCGGAGGUUGUCCAUGCGAUAGUUCUAUUAGCCCACUUCCACUCGUUAUCGUCUUUCGUAUUUUCUUGCGGAAUUAACGAGGAAUUGGAUAACGUAACUGGUCAUCAUUAUAAGGAGAACAUCCAGGACAAUAGUAGUAACAUACCGCCUGCCAAAGAUAAGCUCACGAGCCCUAAAAAGAUCCCUAACGGAGACGGCAAGACUGAAAAUAUACCGUCGCCGCCGUCGUCGCCGAGCAUAGUUGGCGAGCAGGAGGUCGGAGUAGAGACCCUGAUGGAACGUAUGAAGCGUCUCUCAGAAAAAUCCGAGUCCUAUCAGAUCACGCAGGAGGAGCUCUCCAAGAGAUUCGAGACUGUCGAGACGCAAUCGGCUGAGCUGGCAGCGGCGCCACAAAGGAGUAGCUCAGUUCUCGACUCCGAUAUCGGUCUAUUCAUCGAGGAUCCCACUUUCAUCUACCAGGAUUUUGCCAAGCGCGGUCAAUUGAACGACAUACCGACCUUCCGCGUCCAAGACUAUUCCUGGGAUGAUCAUGGUUACUCCUUAGUGAAUCGUCUGUACAAUGAUGUCGGUAAUCUCCUCGACGACAAAUUCAAAACCGCAUACAAUCUGACAUACUAUACCAUGGGCACGCACAACAAGGUCGACACGUCUCGCUUUAGACGGGCGAUCUGGAACUACAUACAGUGUAUGUUUGGCAUCAGACAUGACGAUUACGAUUACAACGAGGUGAAUCAAUUGCUUGAGCGUAGCCUCAAAACCUUCAUCAAGAGCGCCGUUUGCUACCCGGAGCGCGUCACAAAGAGGGAUUACGAUCGUGUCAUGAGAGAAUUCAAACACAGUGAAAAGGUCCACGUGAACCUGAUGAUUCUAGAGGCUCGCAUGCAAGCAGAACUGCUGUAUGCCCUUCGUGCCGUGAUGCGGUAUAUGACCUAAAGCGAAGUUCCGCGUCACUCCCUCGUUUGUCCGCUGUCUGUCAGUCUGCAGUUUGUCGAUUUGUUUUCUCGCGCCACGCUCCAUGCUGUAAAUUCGCAGACUUCCGGCAUGGAAAUGCGCGGCAUAGAAGGAGCAAGCAAACGUGAUAUCAUCGCGUCUUAUACAGAACAUCACACACAUAUGCACGCACUAUCAUAAGGCCGCUUCAUCGUCGAUUCGUGAAUUGCGGCGAUAGCGAGCAAUCGCGAUUCUUCAGCGAGUGCUAAAAAAGGCGAUGUUGGAAGAGGAAGAGGAAGAAAGGAAAAAUGCUAAUUGCGGGGAAAACAGAAGAUCAUAAUAUUUGGUCAUUCAGCUGCGCUCUCGGCACGAUUCUUCUGAUGGCGCCUCAACGACGAGACCAACGCGUCUUUGUUCCUCAUAUGGCUCACGAACAUUGUCGAUUGCACGUUUCGUCUAUUCGCGUAAUAAAGUAGAGUUGAUGGCGAAUGGAGUGUUUUUCCGCGUUUAUUUGAGAGGAGAUUGUGUAGAGAUCAUAAAAAAGGAGGGAGAAAUUGUGUGAACAGACAGGAAGACAUGACAAGGAGAGGAAAGAUUUAUAAUUUGUUUUGUACAUAGACACUUGUAUUUUUCUACGUUCGACAUUAUAGCAGUCUGUUAUUUGUGCGUUUCGUUUACGUUUCAGAUCUGUUAAAAAAGAAGUUUGCUCUCGCCUUAGAAGCUUUCAAGUCGCGCUUUUAACUUGACACGUACACCACACAUACAUAUACACACGUACAUAUACCCUUCUUAUUACGUUUGCAAUUUCGAUCUUAUGCGCGAUUCAUUGAAGAAAACGCAUCACCGCAACACGCGUUCAUACAU